GGGAAACUAAUCUGAAUGUAUGUUUUGUCUGUAGGAAAUGAUCUCUUUCUGGUUGCUGUCCAUGAGCUGGGUCAUGCCCUAGGCCUCGAACACUCCAAUGACCCCAGUGCUAUCAUGGCCCCUUUCUACCAGUACAUGGAAACACAAAACUUUAAACUCCCACAGGAUGACCUCCAAGGAAUUCAGAAAAUCUAUGGUCCACCUGCUGACCCACUGGAGCCCACCAGACCAUUACCAACUCUUCCUGUCCGAAGAAUUCAUUCCACUUCAGAAAGAAAACAUGAGAGACAACCAAGACCCCCUAGACCUCCUUUAGGUGAUAGGCCGUCUGUGCCAGGCAUGAAGCCCAACAUAUGUGAUGGCAAUUUUAAUACUGUGGCUCUCUUUAGAGGAGAAAUGUUUGUUUUCAAGGAUCGGUGGUUUUGGCGUCUGCGCAACAAUCGAGUACAGGAGGGAUAUCCCAUGCAAAUUGAACAGUUCUGGAAAGGCCUCCCUACAAAGAUUGAUGCUGCCUAUGAGAGGUCUGAUGGGAAAUUUGUUUUCUUUAAAGGAGAUAAAUACUGGGUUUUUAAGGAAGUGACAGCAGAGCCAGGGUACCCACACAGCCUAGUGGAGCUGGGAAUCUCUCUUCCACGGGAAGGCAUCGACACAGCUUUGCGAUGGGAACCAGUAGGCAAAACCUACUUCUUCAAAGGAGACAGGUAUUGGAGAUACAAUGAGGACAAGAGAGCUACUGACCCAGGAUACCCAAAGCCGAUCACUGUGUGGAGAGGAAUCCCACAGGCCCCACAAGGAGCUUUUGUCAGCAAGGAAGGCUUUUAUACAUACUUUUAUAAAGGGAAGGAGUAUUGGAAGUUUGAUAACCAGAGGCUGAGUGUGGAACCAGGUUACCCCAGGUCAAUCCUCAAAGACUGGAUGGGCUGCAAUCAAAAGGAAGUCGAACGAAGCAAAGAUAGACGCCUGCCCCAUGAUGAUGUGGAUAUUAUGGUGACAAUAAAUGAUGUGCCUAACACUGUAAAUGCAAUUGCAGUAGUGAUCCCUUGCAUUUUAUCUCUGUGUAUCCUUGUAUUGGUAUACACAAUCUUCCAAUUUAAAAACAAAGAAGUACAGCAAAAUGUUACCUAUUACAAACGACCUGUCCAGGAAUGGGUAUGACACAUAAAGCUUCACGUUAGCUCAUAGCUCUGAUGAGGACUACAGACAAAAUAGGUUAAAAAACCCAUCAAACAAAACUGUGCGAGUGACUUUGGAAUCACGACAUUCAGGGACUGAAAGAAGCAGAAAAAAAUGAAAAAAUGCAGGUGGCCUUGCAGAGUGGAGCCUCUUUCCAUCUUACUGCCUUGGUCAUGUGUCUGUCUUGGUGUGUCAUUCUCCACAGGCCCACUUUGUGAGUAUCAGAGACCUCAAGAGGAAUUUUCUUCAAAAUUUUUCAACUGACGUGGAAGACUUCCUUCAGUACCCUGCACCAGAGCUGUCUGUUAAACCCAGCAUUCUCUACUGUAGCUAAAACACCUCUAAAUGGACGUGGAUUUUUAACAGUUGUCUCUUUAAAAAAGUUAAGAUCAUUAAAUCUAUGAGGUAGGAAUAAUUCCAUUUCUUAAGAAGAAGGCAUUCUGAUGCUGAACCAUUCUAAAAGAUCUUUGUUUAUUACAUGAGCCAGGGAAUUACCUAGAUGCAAUUUUCCAAUACCUGCUGGUCAGAUGUUUUAUACAUUCAUAAUAAUGAACUGAUGUUGUCUCUUAGAACAUUGCAUAAGGAAACAUUGAGAGAUCCAAGGAGAUAAUUCUGCAUACACUAUAAAUUCAAGAACUCUAAGCCAGAUGAAAUAUUAACUAGUAGCAGCAACUCCCCAACAGGAAUAGUCUAAAAGACAAAAUAAUUGGAUCUGAAACAUCAUUAAUCUGAAUGAACCCUAUCUGCUUCUGUUUUAGGAACCUUUCAUGUAAUGAAUACUUAAAAGUCCUAUUCUCAUUAUUUUGAACUCCUUUCAGUCAGCAACAAUAAAUUAAUUGUUACCAAUAUAGUGAACAAUAUAUAGAUUUGUAUUUUUUCUCCUUUAAAUUCUAAGAGAAGAUGAGCUGUUGUUAUAGUGGCAUAUGUAAUCAGUUUGUGAAAUGUGUAUCUCAGAUUUCUAGAGAAUGAAGGUGCUUCUUUGGCUUAGAUCUUGAUUGCAUUUUGGUGACACUGUCUGGAGAAAAUAAGAACUAGACUUGUUUGUAUUAUUGAACCCAAAUACCUUAGAAACUAAAAGCAUUGUUUAACACUGACAUUUAUUUUUUUCAUUUUUUGAUCACCUCUUCAGAGCCAAACUUUUGGCAAAGAUCAAGGAGGAGUGCCAAGUAUGAUGAGAAAUCUUGUCUCACAAGAUUGCUACCCAGAUUUUGAGGAUUUAUUUGUUAGUCUCAAAAAAGAUCUUCGUAAAUGUCUGACCUUUUGAUAUUAAUCUUUCACUUAUCUCCUACCCAGAGAGCAGUUGCCUGCCCUUCUUUCUCAUAAGUGUGAAUAGUUUAGGAUGUCAUUGCCUAGCUAGAGAUUGCCUUCAUCUGAUUAUCCAUGCUGCAAUAAAAACAGUGUUAACUAA